CAAUGAGCUGAGACGCAUUACACGUUUUCGAUAGCAAUGUAUUACAGAUUUUGAUAUGGGAUGCUUGAAACGUUGCAACAUGCAAAGCGACACUGCGAGAACAUGCAUAUUAGCAGUCACUACAGGAGAGGUGAAGGUUGCAGUGAUAGGGAAGGCAUUCUCUUUUCCCAUUCAGAGAGCGGAUUUCUUCAAUGGGACAUCAUUGUUGGAAACGGUCCCUGUUGAGUUUUCACCUUCUCUGAUUGGCUACCCAGAUCUGCCAUCAUGGUUGACGUUUGUCCAAAGAAACCUCACUGAGGAUGGCUAUAUAUACGGCACACCCAACUCCUAUACUGACUCAAACUACAAUUUAGAGAUUCUUGCGGUGAAUAAGAACAACUACCAG